AUGUCCAUGAGCUUGGCGGCGGCAUUCUUCUUUUCAUCCCAACCCACUAAGCAAAAUGCAGCAAUUAGCAAAAGAAAGCCUCUACCGGCACCGAUAGUCAUGGAGCCUAGCCAAAGAUGGGAAGGCAACAAUGGCCCGUGGUCCACCUUUGGGAUACAAGUCGGCCCCGGACUGUAUGCUGUUGACAUUUCCAUCGGCGGACAGGAGACAUGGGUAGUAGGCCCAGAAGGCUGUCCGUCUGUUGACCUCAACGGUGAGGAUUGCAGGAACCUGAGGGGCGGAAUUUUCGACCCAGAUGCCUCAAAAACGUGGCAGCCAACUACGGAAAUCUGGAAUAAUACGGGAAUCUAUCAACUCGAGGAUAUCGUUCUCGGAAACCUUCGUAUUAAUGGCACGGGGAUAUACGGAUUCGAUACCAUUAACCUUUCUAUAGACGGCGGAACGACAAAGUCGUUAAACCACACGAUUGUGGCAGUAAUCAACACAACUACUUUCUAUAUGGGCAAAUUUGGCGUUAGCCCACGGCCGACCAACUUCACCGUCGAGAACGGAAAUUCUUCGGCCCUAAGUGAUCCGCAACCCAGCUUCUUCUCGCUGUUAAAAAAGAACGGUCGAAUUCCAAGCCUUUCGUACGCUUUUACUGCAGGGUCGUACUCGCGAAAGAGUCUCAAGCGCCCUUUCGGCUCGUUCAUCUUCGGUGGCUAUGACGCCUCUCUCGUUGGGCCCCUCGAUAGGCCCGGUGCUAUAUCCUUCGACAUGGGACCCGACAUCGGCCGCGAGCUAAUCGUCGGCAUCCAAGCCAUUACAAAACAUACCAAGCACACCAACGGUAAAGAGUCUCUCCUGCAAGAGCCUAUAUUUGCCGCGCUCGAAUCGUCCCAGUCGGAUAUCUGGUUGCCGCGCUCCGCAUGCAAGAUGUUUGAGAAAGCUUUCGGACUUGAAUGGAACGAUACAGCGCAGAUGUAUCUGGUUAAUGACUCACUCCAUGAGACUCUAGUAGAUGAAGACGCCAUUGUGUCGUUUCGUCUUGGGGAUGGAUACUCCGGAACCAAGACGAUCGACAUUGACAUUCCAUACAGCGCGUUCGACUUGAAGGCUUCUUAUCCAUUAAUCGAGGUCAACUCCAGUGCCGCAAAGACCUAUUUUCCACUGAAAAGGGCGGCGGAUGAUUCGCAGUACACGCUGGGCCGUACAUUCUUUCAGGAAGCGUAUUUCGUCGCCGACUAUGAGCGCAACAACUUUUCGCUGUCACAACGUUUGUGGAACUCCAGUGCCACUACACCAAACAUUGUUCCCAUCCGGUCGGUGGAUGAUGAAGUCGACGACACCAAAGAUGCUGAAAUGCCUCAGAAAACAUCGACAUCUCUCAGCACAGGUGCUAUCGUGGGCAUCGUGAUUGGCGCCGUGGCAUUUCUUGUCAUAACCGUAGUAGCCUUCCUCAGGCUCCGCCGUCGGUAUUCGUCACGUAAAUGGGCUUCCAUCUCGACCGGCAAUAUGCCUGAGUUCAUAAAAGAUGACGUUGCUGUCCAUUCCGGAGCUGAGUUGGACGGCCACCAAAACAUGAAGAAUGAGAUGGACAACAGCAAUCAAAUAAAAUCCGAAUUGCCAGGAGACAGAGAACACCGCAACGAAAUGGAUGGGACGAGUAAACCAGUUGAACUACUUAGAAAUGCGCCGGACGUCCAAGUCCACGAGCUGGUGGGCGACGAACCGAAUCUGGAGUUGGCGGUUGACGAAUCGAACGUGGAAAUAGAGCAGCCUGAAAGGCUUUAG